UAGAAUAUAUCGAUUGUAUUCUAUACAUUAACUUCCGCUACACAUAUAUAUCGUCCCAAACUCUAGAAAUCCCUUCUUUUGCCGUUUCCCCAUUUCGUCCCAAACAUGGCUGAUGGGCGUUACCCCGUAAAAUUGGCGAUCCUGGAUGACUACCAUGGCAUUGGUGCAUCGCACUUUUCAACACUCGGCCCAGCCAAAAUCUCGAUAACGACUUUCAAAGACUCACUUCCACCCUACAGCCAUCCUUCUGCCACAGAUGCAGACCGCAAAGCCGUGGUCGAGCGCCUCAAGCCUUUCGAGCUCCUCUCGACAAUGCGCGAGCGCACACCAUUUCCCGGCGAAUUAUUGCGGCAAUUACCAAACUUGAAAGUGAUUCUAGGUACUGGAACACAGUUUGAGUCGUUUGACCUGACAACAGCGAAAGAGCUUGGAAUAAAGAUUGUAGCUGCGCCGGGCAAAGGUAGAACAGAUGGACAGGGCAGUGGGCCACCUGCUCGGGUUGAGAUUGAUGUCAAGAAAGGGGGCGGUCAUCCUACUACCCAGCAUGCAUGGGCUCUAAUUCUUGGCCUUGCUCGUAAUAUAGCUGCCGAUGAUGCCGUUGUGAAGGGCAAGAACGGUUGGGCGGGUUGGCAGACAGAGCUGGCCAUUGGACUUCAAGGAAAGACACUUGGAGUUGUCGGACUGGGCAGACUGGGUGCAUUAACCGCGAGAGUCGGGGUUUUGGCGUGGGGUAUGAGGGUUGUUGCAUGGAGCGAAAACCUAACGCAAGACAAAGCGGAUGCAUUGGCAGAUGAAGUUGGACUACAAGCAACUGGUGGCGGAACUGCGGCUGGGGACGAAAAAACAAUCAGGGUAGUGAGUAAGGAGGAACUGUUCAGGACCGCCGAUGUUAUAAGUCUGCAUUAUGUGUUGAGCGCUCGAUCACGUGGAAUCGUAGGCACGCAAGAGUUGGGUUGGAUGAAGGAGUCUGCUUUGCUGAUCAACACCUCCCGAGGACCUCUCAUCGAUGAAGCUGCCCUGUUGGACACACUACGCAAUGGGCGCAUACGAGGAGCUGCUUUAGAUGUAUUUGACAUCGAGCCGUUGCCUGUCGACAGUCCCUGGAGGACAGAGCAGUGGGAUGCGGCAUCGAAGAGCAGAGUGCUUCUUACCCCACACAUGGGUUAUGUUGAAGAAGGCACCCUCAGAACUUGGUACGAAGAAACGGCAGAGAAUGUUGAAAGAUAUCUUGACAGUAGAGAUCUUCUUCACGUAAAGACAUAGCCCGGUCGCAUUCAAGGGGGUUGAUCACAUCACAAAGCUGAACGAGCUUACUCCUGGAAGCUAGCAGCCUUAAUGGCUAAAAAUGUGUUUUCAGUCUUUGUUCUGGUAUAGAGCACCAUUACCUGCAAGACUUCGAAAAAUGAGUUCGUCAUAAACAAAACCUACCCUCCAAAUCUGGAAUGAUCUACAAUCAGCAAGUUUUUCGAAUAGGUCUUACGACAUUGGAAUUAAAUCCGCUCUUGGCUGGUCUUUUCAAAUCUGACAGUAUCAGCGUCGAGAAUUUUGGGUUGGAAUGUAAUUGUGAGGGGAUGCAAUGUAAUCGCUAUGAUCGGAGUCGUGCCACUAGAACUGAGCGAACCCAUGAUGAUUUUGAG